GCGUAACCCUUCUCCAUGUCUUGUCUUUGCCUCCACGCCUCUCCACUUUUCGACUCAUAUAUCAUAUAUCGUACUGAUUCUGCCAUUUUGUUUUUCAGGAACCUCCCUAAAGCUAUAUGUUUGGCUGUGCCGAUGGUCACCCUGGUGUACGUGCUCGUGAACGCGGCCUACUUCAUCGUGCUCACCAAGAGCGAGAUGUUGUCGUCAUUCGCCGUCGCCGUGCUCUUCAGCAGCAAGACGAUGCCGCUGGUGCCGUGGCUCGUGCCGCUGUUCGUGUCGCUGUCCUGCUUUGGCAGCAUCAACGGCAUCCUGUUCACGUCCAGCCGGCUGUUUGAGGCGGGCGCCCAGAACGGCCACCUCCCCAGCGUGCUGGCCCUGAGGCACGUCCACAAGCACACGCCCGCGCCCGCCCUCGUCAUCACGGGCCUGCUGGCUGGCAUCAUGGUGGUGCUGGCGGACGUCAACACCCUCAUCGAGUACAUGAGCCAGGUGCUGUGGUUCUUCGUCGCCCUCUCCGUGAUCGGCAUGCUGGUGCUGCGCUGGAAGCAGCCGCACGUGCCGAGGCCCAUCAGGGUCCCGCUGGUGGUCCCCAUCACCUUCCUCGUCGUCUGCCUCAGUAUCGUCGUCAUCGGCGCCUGGGCAAUGCCGUGGCAGACAGCGAUGGGGCUCCUUAUUACACUGUCGGGUAUACCAGUGUACUUUAUCGGAGUCGUCUGGACGAAGCCAUUAUGGAUGCGCAGAUUUGAAGUGUCCCUCACGAAGAGAUUACAGUGCAUUCUGUUGGUUGGAGAGUAGCUCUUAAUGUAGCAUUUGCAGCAGGUGGAAACACUUGCAGCUUUUAUAAGAGAUUCAAACAACAAACAUGACCUGAAGCGAAUCUCUGCCUAAUGUGAUAUUUUUUGUUGCCACGUUUCAUUUGUAAUAUGGCUCUCAUGACCGUAAGUUGUUUGAAACUGGUCUCUCUAAAAUUUAAAUGCUGUGAAUUUUUCCAAUAAGCCUAAAAUAUCAAUAUUCUUAUUGAUUUCUAUCAA